UCUCCUUCCUCUCUCUCUCUCUCUGUCAUUGGUAUUUCUGUCUUCUUUCAUUGGCCCCCUUCUCCUGAAGUCGCCUGCUCUCCUCUGCUGCUCCGUGCGGUUCGUUCGGUGACCCAACCUUUCUCCCAAUUUUCUAGUUUAUCUUACCCGAAGACUGACAACUCGCCCAAGCACGACAUCCAUUCUCUCGAUCAAUCCGCCUCAGGGGACGAGAACAGGACUAUGGCGCAUAGGGUAGACCAAGAGUAUGACUAUCUCUUCAAGAUCGUUUUGAUUGGGGACUCUGGCGUGGGCAAAUCCAAUAUUCUUUCCAGGUUUACUCGAAACGAAUUUUGCUUGGACUCCAAAUCUACGAUUGGGGUUGAGUUCGCUACGCGAACUCUUCAGGUGGAAGGAAAGACUGUCAAGGCACAAAUCUGGGACACAGCAGGUCAGGAGCGGUACCGUGCCAUCACCAGUGCUUACUAUAGAGGGGCUGUUGGUGCACUCCUCGUAUAUGACAUAACUAAGCGACAGACAUUCGAUAAUGUUCAAAGGUGGCUCCGUGAAUUGAGGGACCAUGCAGAUUCUAAUAUAGUAAUCAUGAUGGCUGGAAAUAAAUCUGAUUUAAACAACCUUAGAGCUGUUUCAGAGGAUGAUGGCCAAGCAUUGUCAGAGAAGGAAGGUCUUUCAUUUCUGGAGACAUCUGCUCUGGAUGCAACCAAUGUUGAAAAGGCGUUCCAAACCAUUUUGACAGAGAUCUAUCAUAUUGUGAGCAAAAAGGCACUGGCGGCUCAGGAAGCGGCAGCGAACACCACUCUUCCUGGACAAGGAACCACGAUCAAUGUUGCAGAUGCAUCGGGGAGUGCCAAAAGAAGUUGCUGUUCCACCUAAUUCGUCAUUUAAGGAAUGAAAGAAGUUGCUAGUAGAUAUUUUUUUGGGUUCAAUUCUAUUUUCACCUCUCCUUUCCCAUUUAUUUUUCCUUCUAAAUAGGCGAGAAACAUGGGUGCAUUUAUUACUAUAUUGAGUUGUCUUGAGGGAGUCAGUAAUUUUUUCCCUUUUUAAAAGUUAGUGUUGCUAGUUUCUUUGAAUGUUUACUUCGAGGUUAAGCUAGUUUCCCAUGUAUUCAUCGGAAAUGGGAACCAGCUGAUAUAAAUGAUAUAGUGUGGUCAAUGGGAAUCGCGACAAUGUUAGUUUGGAUUUGCUUCUUGGGUUUGGUUGAGUUAUUUGUCUUGGUAUUCCUGCUUUGAAAGUAUUUGAGGUGCCAUAUGAUCACCUCUGUUGCAAUGUUCCCAAACCAAGGGGCAACUUCUGGAGGGACCAUGAAGCGGCUUAAGGUUGUGUUUGGUACAUGAAAAUUGAAUUGAGGGAAAGGCAAAGGUAAAGGGAAGUUGUUUUCUUUUUUCUUUUUUUCUUUACCUUCAAGUGAGUUAUUUUCUAGACUCGGUAAAUGACAAAGUGAUGUUUUAAAUAGAGUUUCUAGUGUUUUUAAGGGAGAGUCAUCCCAUUACCGUUCUCUUUUUCAUUAUCAUGAUGUACCAAAUGAAUCUUGAAUGUAAACAUUGGAAGCCUUUUUCGGUU